AAGAAAAUUAUUUUAUAUUUCAUAAAGAACAAAAUUCAAAUAAGAACAAUUUUUAAAAAAUCAUAAAUUAUUUUAUUAAAUAUCUAUUUUAGAUUAAAAAAAAUAAAAUUCAAAUAAGUAUUUUAUAUUUUUUUUAAUACUAAGCAUUCAUUUAAAAAGUGCAUCCAUAUAUGUAUAUCUAUGUAUCGAUGGUGGAGGCGAUGGGGUGGGCUCAGGAUCUCGAUACCAUCUAUUUCCUCGUUUCUUUCAUGCCCGCCUCUCAUCUCCUUAUCUCUCUCUGUCUUCUUCAGGUGACCAAAGGGAUCUCGUGUUUCUUGACUUGAGACAUUUAUGCUCAUGAGGCAAGGCUUUUUCAGAAGUGAAGUGAAGGAAGGAGAAAAGGUUAUGAGAAAACUCAAUUUUUAAGAAGAUGACAAUGUCUCUUACUAAAAAGAAACAGAAGACAAUCACAGUACACCCAGAUUGGGCUAGAUUACCAUGCCAUCUUCUUGAUUUAAUUUUGGAAAAAUUGGAGUCUUUCAAAGAUAUUCUACGAUUUUAUGGUGUGUGUGUUUCAUGGAAUUCUAUAGUAAAACACAAUAAAACUAAAUGCUUGAUGAAGACUUCACACCAAGUUCCCAUGCUUAUGGUUCCUAAUAGAAAACAACAUACUUGGGAUAUGUAUGAUCCAAUGACUAAUAAGUUCAAAGAAAUAUCUAAAUUACAUAUACCUUAUGAUAAGCGUUUUGGAGGAUCAUCACAAGGAUGGCUAGUAACUGUGAAUCGUGAUUUCACGGUUACACUAUACAAGCCUUACUCUACAGAUCAUGAUAGUGCAAUCAUCAAUCUUCCGUGUUUGUUUCCUCCAGAAGUUGAAGAUGGGGAUCUUGAAGGAUUGGAAGAUAUGAGAGAAUAUUGUGAUCAACAUAUUUACAAAGCGACAAUCACUGCAGAUCCAUUAAUAAAUCCAAAUGAUUAUAUGGUUGUGGUCAUUUAUUUACAUUGUUGGAAAAUAGCCAUUAUAAGUCCCGGGAGAGAUAAUAUUUGGAGAAAAAUUGAUCCAGAUGAAGAAAUAUUUAGUGAUAUAUUGUUCAAUAGCAAUAAGUUUUAUUUUCUUAAUCAUAAUCAUGACACUCUUUCAUCUUAUGAUAGUCGUGAGCCAUACUGUGGUACAAAAGUAACUUGGAAUAAUUCUGACAAUUGGUUUGGUAUCAAGUCUUAUAUUGUGAAGUCAUUUGAGGGAGAUAUUUUACAAGUGUUAAGACGUUGUGAAUGGAAAGAUAGUUUGACAAUACGACGUACUACAAAAGUAAAUAUUUUUAAAUUGGAUUUUGUUGAUGGAGGAGUAAAAAGGGUUAUAGUUAAAAGUCUAGGAGAUGCUGCUCUCUUUCUAGGAGAUAACUCUUCAAUAUAUGUGCGUGCAUCAAACUUUCUUGGAUGUAAAUCAAAUUGCAUCUAUUUCAGUCAUGACACUGAUUUAAUCUCAUACGGUCCUCAGGGAGUUCCUUGUGAUUGUGGCAUCUACAAUCUCGGAGAUAACAGCUAUAAAAAAUUUACAUUAUUAUUAGAUGAUGAAGAAUCAACAAUAAUUUCAAAAAUGGAGGCCCAACCACCCAUAUGGAUUCAACCUAUCUUGAAUUUAUGAUUUAUAUUUUUUUUAUUAUUUAAUUAAUAUUGAUAUUAUUGGCACGACUACUAUGCAGGGGUCCACCCAAGUAUUGGACAGCUUGGGCCAUUGCACAAGGCUCCCUCUUUUUUAAGACCUACUUUCUUUUUUUUUUUUUGUUCUUUUUUUGAAAAAAAGCCUAUUUUUCUACUUUUUCGAGAAAUUAUAGUAAACAGUCCCAAUUCAUAAGACUAUGUUAAUAAAUGUUCUCAUUUCAAAACUUGUAGCAAAUGACUCUUUUAAAUUAUUUAUUAUGUAUAUUGUCUUAUUCCAUAUAUAAAAAAAAAA